AGCUAUUUCUCAUCAAAGCAAAAUCAAAAGCUACUGUCCACCAUGAAGUUGACGGAGUGUCGACAUGGGGAUAUGUAAAAUACCCAAAAAGUCGACAUGGGGCUAAAACUGUAAUAAAUAAAUUAAAAAAACCUGCAAUUAUGUGUUGGCGGCAACAAUAACGAAUUGAUUAGCAAAACGUCCGUCCGGCGUUUGUCGUUGUCUUCCUCUUCUUCUCCAGCAACUGUUUGUCGUUUCCUGAGAUUUCUUCGGUGGAUACAAAGGCAUUUCUUUACCGCUUGAUUCCAGACCAUCCCAACCGACAACAACGAAAAUUCAGAGAAUCAUUUCAACUAUCUUUUCAUUUUCACUACAUUCUCUCAGCAACCAAACAGUGCUCAGAGUUUAUGAACUCAAAAUUGAACCCAAAUUGAAAGUCAAUCUCUUUCUUUGUCAACUACCUCUCGAUUUUCUUCGCCGGCAGUGACCUCUCCUCUUGGCCUCACUCGAUUGGAAUUUGGACUCUCUCGCACAUGUUUAGGGUUUUAUAGCGAUUCUGUGAUAAACUGUAUAGAGAACUCAAAGUAUGGAGUCUGCGGAUUUUCGUAGUGAAGAGACGCCACUUGUCGUCGAAAAUUCGCCGAUCCAAAGCCGGAGGAAGCAUACAAGAGAUGUUCAUAUUCUCAGCUCUGCCUUCUUGUUGAUUUUCCUCGCUUAUGGUGCCGCUCAGAACCUGGAGACCAGUCUCAACACUGAGGAUGAUUUGGGUACCAUUUCACUUGGGAUUUUGUAUUUGUCUUUCACGUUUUUCUCUUUGGUGGCGUCUCCGGUGGUUCGAGCAUUGGGAUCAAAGAAUGCUUUGCUUCUUGGGACUACUGGCUACUGGUUGUUCAUAGCUGCAAAUUUGAAACCAACUUGGUAUACAAUGGUUCCAGCUUCUUUGUACAUGGGAUUUGCUGCUUCAAUUAUAUGGGUUGGGCAGGGGACAUAUUUAACUUCUACUGCGCGUAGUCAUGCCAGAGAUGAUAACUUACAUGAAGGAACAGUUAUUGGUCAUUUCAAUGGAGAAUUUUGGGGAAUGUUUGCCUGUCACCAGUUUAUUGGAAAUCUUGUAUCACUCGCCAUGCUAAGAGAUGGAACAGGGGGAAGUACUAGCGGCACAACCUAUUUGUUCAGUGUGUUUCUCAUCAGUAUGACUUUAGGUACCAUACUGAUGUGCUUCUUACAUAAAAGGGAUGGUAAAGGAGAGGAGGACCCCCAGAGCUCUUCUCUCAGCUUUUAUGCUUCUCUAUUAUCUGUGUCAAAGUCAAUCAUCACUCCUUUGUUUGAUGUACGGAUGCUAUUGAUCAUCCCCCUCAUGGCGUAUUCAGGAUUACAACAAGCAUUUGUGUGGGCUGUAUACACCAAGUAUAUUGUUACUCCAACGCUCGGUGUGUCUGGUGUUGGUGGUGCAAUGGCAGUUUAUGGGGCUUUUGAUGCAGUAGUAAGUAUAAUGCAGAUACAAGUAGUUUGCAUCAUUAUUUUCAAUACAGUGUGUACCAUUAGUUAGCUCAGUGGACAUAGCAUUCAAAAUCGAUAUUUUGGUUGAUUCAAAUGCUAAUGCAAAUUGAGCAUCUUUUAUGUUGUCUUGUUCUUUUUUUGGGAGUGGCAGAAACGUGGAAACUUAAUUAUUAGAAAAAACUUUCCUCCGCACUAGUCUUCUUUUGGGAGUGCCUAGGGGGGGUGUGUUAACUUCAGUUCUUGCUGCCACAACCAAUAACAUACAUUUCUUCCCUUUGCCUGAUCAUGGCUUUUCUUUAUUAGACCAUUUCUUGGAUAGCAAGAGCUUUUCUUGAUAUUGCAUAUGCAUGCUCAAUAUGUGGAGUUAAAGGCAUACAUUCUC